AGAGGAGAGAGAGAGAGAGAAAGAGAGAGAGGAGUGUGACUGAGUGAGUGAAUGAGUGGGAGAAACUCGGAGAGACCCGCUGCUGCGAGGGGGAAAUUACACCAGGAGAAAGAAGCAGGUUCUUGUUUCAAUAAACAGAGCAAAUAGCAAUUAUCCAUCCCCUUGGAUUAUCUUUAAACUUCACACGGAGAGAUAAAGCGGAGAUUUUGAUUUUAUAUACAAUAUCUGGAUUCGUUGUUGGGUCAAUGAAUUAAAAAGGGUAUAUUCCUUCAUUUGUUACACGCUGCAAAAAGCGAACCGAGGAAAGCGAAGUGCUCGCAAAAGCGGCGUGAGAAAUGCAAGAGGCGGAAGGACGGAGACGCGAAACACCUCUUCAGAUUCUUUCAUCUUGAGUACCCAGUGUGGCAAACCUAAUAGAUGAAACCUCAUAUAGUCAAAUGCUCAACAGGAAAUAAAGGAAAAGCAAUUUACAGCUAAAUGGUGUUUAUCUAUAAGUUUAUGAAGCCGGAGUAGUGGGGUUGGAGACUCGGGAGUGAGACAAGAAACAGUGCCACUCUGGAACAUGGUGCCUAUUUGCUGUCCAGCAGCACUGCUUGUGCCAGCAUUGGCAGCACUAGGCUGCUUGGUACUAUCCACAGCAGCAGACAGCUUGCCAAACUUUAUAAAAACCCCAGAGGACCAAAUUGGAAUUUCAGGUGGGGUGGCAUCUUUUGUAUGCCAGGCUGCAGGAGAGCCAAAACCCAGAAUCACGUGGAUGAAAAAAGGAAAGAAAGUGAGCUCUCAACGUUUUGAGGUCAUCGAGUUUGAUGAUGGAUCAGGGUCUGUCUUAAGAAUCCAGCCACUUCGGACUCAUAGGGAUGAGGCAAUAUACGAAUGUACAGCCACAAACAGCAUUGGGGAAAUCAAUACCAGUGCCAAACUAACAGUCCUAGAAGAGGAUCAGAUACCUCAUGGCUUUCCAGUAAUAGACAUGGGACCCCAGCUGAAGGUGGUGGAGAAGACACGCACUGCUACCAUGUUAUGUGCAGCAAGUGGCAAUCCAGACCCAGAAAUUUCUUGGUUUAAGGAUUUCUUGCCCGUGGAUACAGCGAGCAGCCAUGGGCGUAUCAAGCAGCUCCGCUCAGGUGCCCUUCAGAUAGAAAAUAGUGAAGAAUCUGACCAGGGCAAGUACGAGUGUGUGGCUACCAACAAUGCAGGAACUCGUUAUUCUGCCCCUGCCAACCUCUAUGUGCGAGUUCGCCGUGUUCCUCCUCGCUUCUCCAUUCCUCCCACUAACCAUGAGGUUAUGCCAGGGGGCAGUGUCAACCUAACUUGUGUGGCUGUGGGGGCACCAAUGCCAUAUGUCAAAUGGAUGAGUGGAGUUGUGGAGUUGACGAAGGAGGACGAAAUGCCUGUGGGUCGUAAUGUUCUGGAGCUCAACAACAUCCGUGAAUCUGCCAACUAUACCUGUGUGGCCAUUUCCUCCUUGGGGAUGAUUGAAGCCUCUGCACAAAUUACAGUCAAGGCAUUGCCAAAACCACCAUCAGUACCCAUAGUUACAGAGACUACAGCUACCAGUGUCACUUUGACCUGGGACUCUGGAAAUCCAGACCCUGUAUCCUACUAUGUUAUCCAAUACAAGGCUAAGUCUUCAGAUGGGGGCUACCAAGAAGCAGACGGAGUGGCCACUACAAGAUACAGUAUUGGAGGUCUUAGCCCAUUCUCAGACUAUGAAUUUCGGGUACUAGCAGUCAAUAAUAUUGGAAGGGGACCUCCGAGUGACAUAGUAGACGCUCGCACUGGUGAACAGGCUCCCUCUUCUCCUCCUCUACGGGUGCAGGCUCGUAUGCUAAGUGCUAGCACAAUACUUGUGCAGUGGGAGCCUCCAGAAGAGCCAAACGGGCAAAUUCGAGGAUAUCGUGUCUAUUAUACUAUUGACUUGCAGUUACCAUUGAAUGCUUGGCAGAAACAUAACACAGAUGACAGUCGCCUUACCACCAUCUCAGGCCUCGCUACAGGCUCCACUUACAGCAUCAGAGUUCUUGGCUUCACGUCUGUGGGUGAUGGACCACCUUCUGAUGUCCUUCAAAUUAAAGCCCAACAAGGGGUUCCUGCUCAACCUUCAAAUUUUCAGGCUGAGGCAGAGUCAGAUACUAGGAUUAUGCUGAGCUGGUUACUUCCAGCCCAAGAGAAGAUAACCAAAUAUGAGUUGGUUUAUUGGGAAAGUGAUUCCACAAACCAGCAGCAGCAUUUUACUCUUGACCCCACUGAUUCCUAUGCUGUAGAAGGGCUGAAGCCAGACACUCUUUAUAAGUUCAUUCUUGCUGCCUGUUCAGAUAUCGGUGUGGGAGUGUAUACACAGCCUAUAGAGUCUCGAACUGCACAAUCUACCCCCUCUGCCCCUCCUCAAGAUGUGCAAGGUGUCAGUCUGAGCUCCACCAGCAUCAAGGUGAGUUGGAUGGCUCCUCCAGCUGGGAGCCGCCAUGGAGCCAUUGUCCAGUACACCGUCGCUUACCAAGCUGUGAAUGGGGAGGACAACGAGAGGCACGAGGUGCCCGGAAUCCCAGCUGAGGCCUCUAGUUAUGUCUUGGAGAGCCUGGAGAAGUGGACAGAAUAUAAGGUGUGGGUGAGGGCCCACACCGACGUUGGGCCUGGACCAGAAAGCCCCGCGGUGCUUAUUCGAACUGAUGAAGAUGUGCCCAGCGCACCACCAAGAAAAGUAGAAGCCGAAGCUAUCAACUCAACAUCCAUUCGUGUCACGUGGAAGGCACCCUUAUCAUCCAAACAACAUGGGCUGAUUCGGGGUUACCAGGUCACCUACUCACGACUUGAAAAUGGCGAACCACGUGGACAGCCCCACAUUAAGGAUGUCAUGCUACCAGAAGCACAGUGGAAAGUUGAGGAACCAACGGACUAUGAGGCUGUAAUAACUGGACUAGUCCCAGAAACCACCUACUCAAUUACAAUAGCGGCAUACACUACCAAAGGUGAUGGAGCUCGCAGUAAGGCUAAGGUGGUCACUACUACAGGAGCUGUUCCAGGAAAACCUGUCAUGAUUAUCAGUGCCACUGCACUGAACACAGCUUUAAUCCAAUGGCAACCACCUAAGGAGAUGAUUGGGGAGCUUACUGGCUACCGGCUACAGUACAAGCGCUUAGAAGAGGACAAGUAUCAAGUUAUUGACCUCAGGAAGACAGAUGACCACUACACAGUCACAGGGCUCCACAAAGGGGUGACCUAUAGUUUCAAACUGUCAGCAAAGAACCGGGCAGGAAUAGGAGAAGAGUAUGUGAAGGAAAUAACCAUUGCAGAAGAUAUUCCCAGUGGAUUCCCUCAGAAUUUACGAGUGGUUGGCUUGACCACCUCAACAACGGAGCUUGCAUGGGAGCCUCCUGUCCUGUCUGAAAGAAAUGGCAAAAUCACACAGUACAGCAUUGUUUAUCGGGAUAUUAACAGUCAGCAGAACAACACCAAUAUAACAUCACAAACCCACAUCACACUCAUGGGCCUGAGAUCUGAUACCACUUACGAUAUCCGUGUCCAAGCCUUCACCAGCAAAGGAGCCGGACCCCUUAGCCCUAGCAUCCAGAGCCGAACGAUGCCUGUGGAACCAGUGUUUGCCAAGAGCUUCCGAGUAAAAGCAGUGAUGAAAACAUCAGUAUUAUUGACUUGGGAAGUGCCUGAAUCAUACAAGUCUCAAGUGCCUUUUAAGAUACUUUAUAAUGGACAGAGUGUUGAGGUUCAGGGAAAUUUAAAGCGAAGGCUGAUUACAAAAUUGCAGCCUGACACCGAGUAUUCCUUUGUUCUAAUGAGCCGUGGGAACAGUGCUGGUGGACUUCAGCAGGUGGUGUCUAUUCGGACUGCUCCAGAUGUCUUAAAGUCUAAGCCUGUCAAGUUCAGUAAGAGUGUGGGGGAAGAUGGAAAAUUAACUAUUGAACUUCCCAAAGUCCAGACCAAAGCACCUGUCAGAUGGUAUUAUAUUGUGGUGGUACCAGUUGUUCCAGAAGCUUCCAAGCGGUGGGAAAAUCCAGAGGAAAUGGAUAUAGAUGAAUUGUUAGAAUCAAGUCAAAACCCAGGAAUGAGGCGUCAGAGGAGACAAGUGGAAAGCCUAAAACCUUAUAUUGCUGCUAAACUGGAUUCUCUGCCUCCAACCUUCACACUCGGCGAUGAAAAGAACUACAACGGCUUCUAUAACAAGCCACUUCCUGGAGAUCAGAAAUACCUCUUUUUUGUCCUAGCAGCUCUGGAAGGCCGAGAUACUGAAACCUUUGCUGCAAGCCCCUAUUCAGACCCUGUUCAGGUUGAAAUGUACAAAGAAAUUGCAAAACAGCAGGAAGAGCCCGAAAUGCUGUGGGUGAUGGGACCUGUCCUUGCUGUGAUUCUGAUCAUCAUCAUUGUCAUCGCAAUCUUGUUAUUCAAAAGGAAACGUGCUUCGCCAUCCACUAAAGAUGAUCACUCAGGAGGUGUUAAAGAUUCUCUGCUGUCUCACUCUUCUGAUCCUGUGGAGAUGCGUAGACUAAAUUAUCAGACUCCAGGUCCAAGUGCCCCCAGUUGCCCGAACAUUUCAAGCAUGAGAGAACAUCCUCCAAUCUCUGUCACAGACCUCGCUGAUCACAUUGAAAGGCUGAAAGCUAAUGACGGGUUACGAUUUUCUCAGGAGUAUGAGUCCAUCGAUCCUGGACAGCAAUUCACUUGGGAGAAUUCAAAUUUGGAAGUCAACAAACCAAAGAACCGCUAUGCAAAUGUCAUCGCCUAUGACCAUUCCAGAGUCAUCCUCACCUCUGUUGAUGGCGUACCAGGCAGUGACUAUAUCAAUGCCAACUACAUUGAUGGUUACCGAAAGCAGAAUGCCUACAUUGCUACUCAGGGUCCACUUCCAGAGACACUCAGUGAUUUCUGGAGGAUGGUUUGGGAGCAGCGGACCAGUACUAUAGUAAUGAUGACCCGGCUAGAAGAGAAGUCCAGGGUAAAGUGUGACCAGUACUGGCCAAGCCGUGGGACAGAAACUUAUGGAAUGAUUCAAGUUACUACACUGGACACAGUAGAACUUGCAACGUAUAGCGUGAGAACAUUUGCUCUGUACAAGAAUGGAUCAAGUGAAAAAAGAGAGGUUCGUCAGUUCCAAUUCAUGGCUUGGCCAGACCAUGGAGUGCCUGAAUAUCCAACUCCCAUCUUGGCCUUCCUACGAAGAGUGAAAGCAUGCAACCCUACAGAUGCUGGGCCAAUGGUGGUACACUGCAGUGCUGGCGUUGGGCGGACAGGCUGCUUCAUUGUGAUUGAUGCCAUGCUUGAACGCAUGAAGCAUGAGAAGUCUGUUGACAUCUAUGGCCACGUGACUUGUAUGCGUGCUCAGAGGAAUUACAUGGUACAAACAGAGGACCAAUAUAUCUUUAUUCAUGAAGCCCUGCUGGAAGCAGCCACCUGCGGUAACACUGAAGUCCCAGCACGUAAUCUUUAUGCCCAUAUCCAGAAACUGACCCAGGUCCCUCCAGCAGAGACAGUGACCUCAAUGGAGCUGGAAUUCAAAAGACUGGCCAACUCCAAGGCCCAUACCUCAAGAUUCAUUACUGCCAAUCUCCCUUGCAACAAAUUCAAGAAUCGGCUGGUGAACAUCAUGCCAUUUGAGUCUACCCGUGUCUGCCUGCAGCCAAUCAGAGGGGUAGAGGGCUCAGAUUACAUCAAUGCCAGCUUUAUAGAUGGCUACAGGCAACAGAAGGCAUACAUUGCCACACAGGGACCAUUGGCUGAGACGACUGAAGAUUUCUGGCGAAUGCUGUGGGAACACAAUUCCACUAUUGUGGUGAUGCUGACCAAGCUUAGAGAAAUGGGGAGGGAAAAGUGCCAUCAGUACUGGCCUGCAGAGCGAUCAGCUCGAUAUCAGUACUUUGUGGUGGAUCCGAUGGCAGAAUACAACAUGCCUCAGUAUAUUCUACGUGAAUUUAAGGUCACUGAUGCCAGAGAUGGACAAUCCAGAACUAUUCGCCAGUUCCAGUUCACCGAUUGGCCUGAACAAGGGGUACCAAAAACUGGAGAAGGGUUUAUAGACUUCAUUGGCCAAGUACACAAAACUAAGGAGCAGUUUGGUCAGGAUGGACCAAUCACUGUGCACUGCAGUGCUGGUGUGGGUAGAACAGGAGUCUUCAUCACCCUGAGUAUUGUGCUGGAGAGAAUGAGGUAUGAAGGGGUGGUGGACCUUUUCCAGACCGUAAAAACACUGCGAACUCAGCGGCCAGCCAUGGUGCAGACAGAGGACCAAUAUCAGUUGUGCUACAGGGCUGCGUUGGAGUACCUAGGAAGCUUUGACCACUAUGCAACGUAACUCAUUCUGGGUGCCCGGCAACCUUCAGGAGUCGAAAAGUGUUCUUUCUGAGCCAUAUCCACCUGAGUCUGUACAAAUGCUGCCCGAAGCAAGGGGAGGGGAGGGAAAUGGACAUCCCAGCUGGCAAACCCUCUUGAAGGCAUUCUCUGUGGACUGGGAGAAAGAGAUUGCUUUAAACUCUCAGUGGGGGGAAAAGGAAAGAAAGAUGCCCCGCAUUCGAUGCAUUCAUCUCGUUUCUCUGCACAUAAACACUCACCAUGUAUUUUGUAUGCUACUGUAGCAAAUAUUAUUUUAACCUUUUUUAUUCUGUAGAAUGUGUUUUAGUUUUUAUUUUUUUAUAAUCAUUUACAGUACAAUUUUUUUUCUUGGUCUUAAUAUUGGCCUACCCUAUGGGUUCUCUUUAUUUUUUUUU